AUGGAUGAACACCAGCGUUCCAAUGGAAUGCCAGUUACUCGAUUUACCCUGCAAUCUAUCUAUGCUCAAAGUGAUGAUGAGAAACUUGAGUUUGAAUAUGAAUCAGGGAACACGAACAUUUUGGCAAAUGAUUACACAUCGCAGCCCGACAUAUCUCGUCAGAGGGGAAAAGGGGGUUUGCAUUUGUAUGUAUGUGCUGACGAUAUAUCUGUCGGGAUGGAAAUGCUUAUAUCUCACUAUUCUCAUUUCUCAUUAGGGUGA